AGUCAAAUCCUAGUGAAGACACUACAGGGAGAAGCAUCCUUCGGCUCAGCCCUUCUGCGAUAAGAGGCGCCGGGCGAGAGAUGCUCCCAUGGGCGGCCACGGCCUCCUCCUCCUCCUCCUCCGCCGCCGCUCUUCUCCAUGCCUCUCCACUCCCCGCCUCCCACCGCGCUGCACUACCUCGCUACCGUCCGUCUCCCUUUCUUCCGCCGCCGCUCUCAAUUGGCUUCCGUUCCCCGGCACGCGCCCUCCCUCGCGGCGGCGACGCCUUCUGGGAGGAACCAGACGACGGCUCCGGGAGCGACUACGAGGAUGAGGGAAAGCAAGCGACCGGACAAAGAAGCUCUCCUUUCCCUUCCCCCUUCCCGCUCUCCAGGCUCGUUGCAACGCGGCAGCAGGAGCGUCAAGAGCAGGAGCUCCGGAGAGAAAUCGAGCUUCUCUUAACGCCAGAAGAAGAGGCUAUCUUGGAUCAGAAUGAGACUGCUGAUGUCACCAAAAUUUCAUCACCAAAAUGGCAUCCGCUUCAUACAUACGCAUUGGCGCUGCAGAUACCUCUGAUGGACAAGCUGCUCGACAAUGGUGUUGAUAUCGAUUUAGUUGAUAAAGAUGGUUUCACUCCUCUUCACAAGGCGAUAAUAGGCAAAAAGGAGGCUGUCAUUAGCCAUCUCCUAAGAAAAGGAGCAAAUCCUCAUGUCACAGAUAGGGAUGGAGCCACACCAUUACAUUAUGCAGUUCAAGUUGGUGCCCUGCAAACCGUGAAGCUGCUGAUUAAGUACAGGGUUGAUGUUAACGUUGCUGAUGUUGAUGGCUGGACACCACUGCAUUUAGCGGUACAGAGUAGAAAUCGAGAUAUAACAAAGAUAUUGCUUGUCAAUGGUGCUGAUCAGACAAGAAGAACCAAUGGUGGGAAGACUCCAUUGGACCUGAGCUUAUGUUUCGGAAGGGAUUUCAACUCAUAUGAUCUGGCAAAGCUUCUCAAACUUGUUCCAGCCAACAGAGGUGUGUGAGGUUCUGUUCUGACAAAAGUUCGAGACAAAGAUCAAAUGUUAGAAAGUUAGUAGAACAUGGGAACUCUGUCUUUAGGUGAUUAUUCCGAUUGUUCAUGGACUGUUGAUCGCUCCUUUGCAUCCGGAUUCUAGAAGCUUAUGUAGAUGGAACCAGAAACAUGUAGCCUGACAAGGAUGAAAUAGUCAGCGCUAGAUGAAAUUCUCCUA